UCACUGCUGAGGCUGGGGCCAGGCUGCUGAGAUGAAGCUGGGCAGCGCCAUCCCCUGGGCCUUACUGCUCAGUACAGCCACACUGGUUUCAGGUGCACGGAACAGAAGGCCUCAUGAAUGUGGGGGUGUCCUCAGAGACCUCUCUGGAAGGAUCUCCACUUAUGAAGGGCCAAAAACUGAUUGCAUCUGGACCAUCCUGGCAAAACCGGGCAGCAGAGUUUUUGUGGCAAUACCAUAUCUCAACCUCGCCUGCGGAAAGGAGUAUGUGGAAGUCCAAGAUGGACUGCCAGGUGCUGGUAAUUAUGGGAAGCUCUGUUCAGGUAUAGGCCUCACCUAUCAAUCUUCUUCCAAUGCCUUGAGCAUCAAGUACAGCAGAACGGCUGGCCACCUGGCAUCUUCUUUUGACAUAUAUUACUAUGGGGAUUCAUAAGAUUAGUGAUCUUUGCCUCACACCUAGGGGUGGACAAUCAUUGCAAAUGAGAACAAUCUUCCUUGAAGACUUCCAGAAUCAACUGACCAUGAGAAGAGACAUCUCCUGGUCAUCUAUCUGGUCACUCCAUCAACACUCCCACCCCAACCUCUCCAGUCUUCUGUCUCUUCCCUGCAAGAGUAAAUUUCUUACUCGUGAGCUUUCGAUGUUGCCAGUCUCGUGGUUUGAUCAUUCUGCUAAUUGCUAUAAACAUUUUGAAUAAAGGCUCUUUAUCUGA